UAAACGCGGUGACUGUGGAGACAACGGUGACCGCAGAGCGUAAUGGAACCUAGGGUGGUUAAGCCCCCUGGUCAGGAUCUCGCAGUGGAGCGUCUCAAAAGCCUCUACGGACUGGGGGGCAGCUGCCCUGAAGAGUAUGAUUUUUCAAAUUUUGACCAGGCUAAAUGUAAGAGGAGAUCUCUAACCUACCCAGAUGAUUUGAAUACCUACUCAUCUGGAGAUAAAGUUGGUUCAUCAUUAAGAUUUUAUUCUGAUGAAGGAAAGCAUCGCACAUCACCUCUUUGCAGUUCAUUCAAGCACUUAAAUAUGAAUUGCCUAGGUGAUGAACUGGAUUCUUUUCAUGAUCUGAAGCAACGGGAAACAGAGGAGUUAAUUAAGAGUGAACAUAGACUUAGUGCCUCCAAAAUACCCAAGCAAUCUUUUAAAGAAAUAGAUAAAGCAGCUACCCAACCAACGAAUUUGACCUUUAAUUCAAGAUCUUGGAGUGAAUGGUGUAGUGAUACAACUGAUUCUCCUUUGAAACGUGUCAAGCAUCUAACAUCUAAAACAUCAAACAAACAGAGUUUACUUCCACAUCAUAUCAAUCAGAUAUAUGAUGAAUUAUUUCAAAUACAUCAGAAGCUGCAGUGUGAAACGGCAGCGCAACAGCAAUUUGCUGAAGAACUUCAAAAGCGAGAACGUUUUUUAGCUGAACGAGAACAACUGCUUUUCAGACAUGAAACUGCCUUGAGUAAAAUUAAAGGUGUUGAAGAAGAGGUUCUUACAAGGUUUCAAAUUAUAAAGGAGCAACAUGAAGCAGAAGUUGAACACUUAACCGAAGUUCUUAAGGAAAGGACUAAAGAAAGCAAGAGGUUGAGGUCAUCUUUUGAUGCAUUGAAAGAAUUGAAUGAUAGCUUAAAGAAACAGUUAAAUGAAGUAAGUGAAGAAAACAGGAAGAUGGAGAUUCAGGCUAAAAGAGUUCAAGCUCGUUUAGAUAAUUUACAGAGGAAGUAUGAGUUUAUGACAAUACAGAGAUUGAAAGGAAAUUCCCACUCUGCUCAUGAAAUGAAAAGUUUAAAACAAGAAAAAAUACCAAUUUCGAAAACUUGUAAGGUGCCACUUAAUGCACAAGUUUACGAGCUUUUAGCUAUGUUCAUGGACUGGAUUUCAGACCACCACCUUAGUAAACUGAAAAAUGAAGAAUUUGGAAUGGAGGCUGAAAAGCCGCUAAUCAAACAUGCUUCUCAGAGAAAUGAUAUUCAGGAGAAGUGUGUAAAGCUGUUGCCUGUGAUUGCUGAGCAGCUACAGUGGAUGCCAUUUGUGAAUGCCAAACAUCACGAGCCUUUUGUCAAGUUUAUAUAUUGGUCACUAAGGCAGCUAGAUGCUGGAACACAGCAUUCAACUCUGACAUCGACAUUGAGAAGAUUGGGUGAAGACAUAUUCAAAGGAAUAGUAACUAAAGGAAUUCAGGAUAAUUCUUUAGAGCAUUCUGGGGAGAAUAAACCAAAGACAGCUGCUUUUUUUAAGAGCCCCAAUUUACCACUGAGAUUUUUAUCAACCUUAAUUGUUCUUAAAACAGUAACUCAAGCUGAUUACCUGGCCCAGGCAUUUGAUUCUCUUUGCUUGGACUUGAAGACAGAUGAAGGGAAAACCUUGUUUUUGGACUUUCAAGCUGUUCCAGUAAUAUUAGGUCAUCUAAGAAUAUCCAGUAAAGGACUCCUAUCCAAUGUCAUUGAUAGUUUGCUUCAGAUGACAGUGGAAUCUAAAUCCUUGCAGCCUUUUCUGGAAGCCUGUAGCAACACUUUAUUUUUCCGUACCUGCUCCGUGCUCCUUCGGACCCCUAAGCUUGAUCUUCAAAUACUAGAAAAGCUCAGUAUUAUUUUACAGAAACUUUCCAAAAUCAAGAGUAAUAAGAAGCUGUUUGAACUCUUUACGAUUCAUCUGAUGCUGCAAGAAAUACAAAGGACAACACAUCCAGAGCAUGCCUUUCUCUGUAUUAACCUAAAUUCAACUCUGUUCAAUUUGGGUUUAACAAAAUGCAACUCCCUGGUCUCCAAUGCAAGCCAUUAGACUGGCUUGUUAUUAUAUGUAUAUAUAUAUACACACACAUAUAUAUAUGUUGCUUAUUUUUAAAACUGUAAAAAUCACCAAAGUAACUAAAAUUUUACCAAGUAAAGUUAUCAGUAGCAUCAUUUAUCAUGAAAGAUAAAUAGAAGGUUUUUUCUUUUGAAACUUUUAAAAUGAAAUCUGUAGCAGCUGUAGAAUGUUUAGAAUGUUUCCAUUUAACUAAGGCAGUGCUGAUGUACAAGACAGCAUUUCCAGAAUUAAUGACAUUAAUGACACUGGGGUAACUUUUUGUAUAAGUAUUUUAGGAAAAUUUUCGUUUUAAAUUAUGUAAUUAUUUGGAAUAAAAUUGGUGCUUAUGUGGGAACAGGGUUAGAUCAUGUUAUCAUUCUGUUGUCUUAAUAUAUUAGAAUCCUCCUUUUAGAAGUAAAAGGUAUGUAUUAACUAUUUUGCUAUCACAACUUCCCUAUAUAUCCUAGAUUCCCAAAUGUUGAUUUUUUUAAAAAAAUUAUGCUAUUUAUAGGGUACUUUAGGGAAAAAUUAAACAUUUUUUUCUACUUUUAUUUUUUCAAAAUAAUCUUUAUUGCAGUCUUUAUUGUAUAAUGUCAGUGAAAACUUGCAUGUUGCUAUAAUAUCAGUGGA